GCUGACCAUCAGAGGACACAGUUGUAACUUCCAGUGAUUCAAACGGGAAUGAUUACAAAGUUAUUUGUUGGACCGAUCCUUUCAGAGGAGCUGUGAGGGAAAACCCAUGAUGCCGAAAGAACGUUUAGGUGCCAAACCUCGGAGAGGGACUGCUGGGGGAGCUGGUCACCUGUGUCACUGUCAGCCUUCAGCCGGCCUUUCCCUGACCGAGGAGAGGUUUCUGGCGGCCGUGGAAUACGGCAACCUUCCCAAAGUGAAACGGAUGCUGGAGGAGCUCCCACACCUCAAUGUCAACUGUGUAAACUACAUGGACCACAAUGCACUGCAGCUGGCAGUUGCCAGGGAACAUUUAGACAUUUGUAAGCUUCUUCUAAAAAAGAAAGAACUUGCCAGAAUAGGGGAUGCUUUGCUGUUAGCCAUCAGUAAAGGUCACAGCCACAUAGUGGAGGUCAUAUUGAGCCAUGAAGCCUUAGACAGUCAAAGGCUGACCAGUCUCAGCCACUUGGAUGGUUUGUUUUCUCAUGAUGCUGAAGGCACAUGUUUCUUUCACGGCAUCAGUCCCAUCAUCCUGGCCUCCCAGUGCCACCAGUAUGAAAUAGUGCAUAUGCUUCUGACCAGAGGGGCCCGCAUCGAGCGGCCCCACGACUGCUUCUGUCAGUGCAGGACUUGCUGCGAGCGGCGAGGGCGUGACGCUUUUAGCCACUCCAAGUCUCGAAUCAGUGCGUACAAAGGCCUGGCCAGCCCAGCGUAUCUUUGUCUUUCCAGUCAGGAGCCGGUGAUGGCAGCACUGGAGCUGAGCAAUGAGCUCGCGGUCCUGGCAAACACUGAAAAGGAGUUUAAGAACGAGUACAUAAAGCUGUCUGUGCAGUGUAAAGACUUUGUGGUGGGACUCCUGGAUUUGUGUCGAAACACGGAGGAGGUGGAGGCCAUCUUAAACGGUGACCCCGAGUCCGGUGCCGACUCUGACACCCGCUGCAGACCAAACCUCAUCAGGUUAAAACAUGCAAUAAAAUACGAAGUAAAAAAGUUUGUGGCUCAUCCAAACUGCCAGCAGCAGCUGCGCUCCAUCUGGUACGACAACUUGUCUGGACUGUGUCAGAAAACGUUGGCCUUUAAAAUCCUCCUGGUCCUGGGUGUAACUGCUGGACUGCCUAUCCUGGCUUUUAUUCACUGGAUCGCACCGACAAGUAAGUUGGGCCGACUUAUGUGCGGCCCCUUCCUGAAGUUUGUGGCUCACACGGCUUCCUUCGUGACCUUUCUGUGCCUGCUGGUCCUGAACGCAGCAGACCGCUUUACGGGAACAUCCCUGCUGCCCAACAUGACCGCCCACGACUACCCCUCCCAGCUCUUCCGGAUGAAGACCACCCCGUUCACCUGGAUGGAGAUUCUCAUCUGUUCUUGGGUCAUAGGUAAAAUAUGGGAGGAAUGCAAAGUUAUUUGGUCACAAGACAUCGGAGAGUACAUCUCAGAACCCUGGAACCUUCUUGACUUUAGUAUUUUGUCGAUAUUUUUGACCUCUUUCGUGGCCAGGUUAAUGGCUUUGUGGCACGCACGUUCUGCACAGUGUUACUUUGACAAGUACUACAGAGACACGUCCAACAUGACCUUACCCUUUGAGAUACAGUACUUCCAGCUGGCGAGAGUCCACUGGAUGCCCUCGGACCCGCAGCUCAUUUCCGAAGGCCUCUACGCCGUCGCCGUCGUUCUGAGUUUCUCUCGCGUCGCGUACAUCCUGCCCGCCAGCGAGAGGUUCGGGCCUCUGCAGAUCUCCCUGGGGAGAACCGUGAAAGACAUUUUUAAAUUCAUGGUGAUCUUCGUAACCGUUUUUGUCGCGUUCAUGGUGGGCAUGUUCAACCUCUACUCGCACUACCUCGGGGCCAAGCGCAGCGUCGCAUUUACAACAGUUGAAGAAAGUUUCAAAACCUUAUUCUGGGCCAUCUUUGGACUGUCAGAAGUGAAAUCAGUGGUGAUUACCAUCGACCACAAGUUCAUUGAGAACACAGGUUAUGUUCUUUACGGCGUGUACAACAUCAUCAUGGUGAUAGUUUUGCUGAAUAUGCUCAUAGCGAUGUUCAACAGCUCCUUCCAGGAAAUCGAGGACGAUGCGGAUGUGGAGUGGAAGUUUGCCCGAGCCAAACUGUGGUUCUCCUACUUCGACCACGGUAGCACCCUGCCCGUGCCCUUCAACCUCGUCCCCAGUCCCAGAUCUGUUGCUUCCCUCAUGGUGAGCGUGAAACACCUUCUCUGGGAUGCAACUAAAGGCAAAAGCAAAGAAACCCCAAAUGAUGAGAUGGAACUUAACAAUUCAAGAAAACGCAAAGAACCGAAGGACUCCACUCAUCCCCUCACUCCUCAUCAGAAAGUGAUGAGCAGCCUCAUUAAAAGAUACAUUAUUAAAGCACAGAGAGACACGGAUAAGGACGAAGUGAACGAAGGUGAGCUGAAAGACAUCAAACAGGACAUCUCCCGCCUUCGUUACGAGCUGCUGGACCGAGGGAACCGUGGCGUGGAUCCACUGGCAGAGCUUGUUAGACAGCUGGACGAGAAGGAUUUAAUCAAUGUAAUCAAAUGAGAUGAGUUUCCUGGACUUUCUUAAACUUUCUCCAUAAUGAUACAAUAAAUCAGAACCAAAUCAUUCUCUAUCUCAAACUUGAUACAGGUGUUUAAAUUUAAAAAAAUGUUUUCAAAUGUUGCUGAAAUUUUUCAUCAAUAUUCACUUAAAUUACGUUUGGAAACUUGUCUGCUCCAGUAUCAAAUAACCAUAUGUUUGCUCCUUCACUAAUGGACUCUGUUUUCAAUACCUSGAGUUUAAAGGGAAUAACUUCUCUAAAUGAUCUUU